AUGAUUGGUGUUGAAGAUGGUUCGGAUACAACUGCUCAAUUUGUUUCAAUAACAACAAAUAAAAGUGGUUUUACACCAGUUUUUCUUCAAUUUCUUGCUCUUAUUGAUCAAGAUAUUAAUCAUAAGAUUGAAUUUGAAUUUAAUCAAUAUUAUCUUCGUUUUCUUGCUUAUCAUCAUUUAUCAAAUCAUUUUAAAAAUUUUAUACUUGAUUGUGAUUGUGAACGUAAAAAAGAUCGUAAUUGGUAUGUUGAUACAACUCGUGAUUCAUUGACGGAUGAUAUUACUGCUCUAGCUGAACAUGAAGAACAUUUAAAUGAUGCAGAAUUAAAACAACGUACAAAAUGUAUAUCAGCUAUUUAUGAUGACAUUGGUAUUUCUUUACCGGAUAUUUUUAAUGCUAUUCGUCUAUCAAUACAAGAUGAAGCAUAUAAACGAAUGAAUUCUCAUCAAAAUUAUCUUCAGCCUCAACGAUCAUUAUUAUCAUCACGUACAUCAUCAAUGUAUGGUUCUCAUGUAUAUGAAUUCAAACAAUUUACAAUAUCACAAGUUUGUGAUGCUUGUGAUGAAUUACUUAACUUUUUAUUCUAA